AUGCCUACCUCGACCAUCUGGCGCCGGAGCCUAGACCCGGCGGCGUCGCGAGGCGCGAGCCCAGUGCGCCCGUUAGACGAACACAUUGAGCGCCUCUCCCCUGAUCCCAUAUUCGAAUCCCGCGCCUACGAUACUGCUAUCCCCUUGAGCACUUCUCCUAACAACGGCCACUCAAUAAGAGGCCUCGGGCUUUCCGACAUUGGAGGGCUUGUCGGCGACGAGACUGCUGAGCAGCCCGAUCACCUAUACUAUGACCAGCAUGGCUCCGCUCAUAUUGCGGGCAAGAUAAGAGGUCGCGCAGCGAAACACAAUGGCCGCUCUAGAAUCCCCUCGCAAGACUACACAUCCAAGGCAUUGGGGAAAGGCCAUACACGCUCGGGCUCGACGAUUGACGACCUUGCCACGGCUGCCAUUGCAACCAGCCCUGCUUUGGUCAAUGCAAGCCCUCUUUUUGUUCCCAAAGCCACCCCCCAUGCAGCUGCUCGUGCUGCGACAUCCAAUGCCACCCGCCGCUAUAGCCACAACGACUACUCGAAUGGCCCGCCAGCCAAACGAAUCAAGUCGGAGCGAAUACCCACACUCGAAUGGUCACCGCGCCCAGACAGACCGAAAACCAGUGGCGGCUACAGCAGCGCAGCCGCCGCCGAGAUGAACGAAGACGCUCUGUUACUGCUCAGCCUCAAAAACGAGCUCAAUUUCAAGAAGAUUGCAAACACUCCCAAGCUUGACACACUGCCCGAACACCAGCAGUCGACCUCCCCAACCUCCCCACAAGCCACCCCAGGGCCGUGGACGAUGUAUACAAGUGCGGCGGGACAAAGCCAACCCAGUCCCACGAACGAACCCUCAAUAGUCGAAGCCCAAGGCGGGCAUGUGGAAGUAUCUAUUUCGGAUCUCGAUGACUCGAUACACCAGCAAGCUCCCUUCCCUCCACGAGACAUAGCUCUGGCAGCACCAGAGGACACCGAAACCCACGCACCAGUACAUACUCUCCCACCGGUCGUCGACGCACCACUUGAGCCUACAAGCGGCUCAUUAGACCCACCGCCGAAGAAACGUCGCCGAGUCGAGGUGGAGACACAGGCAGAGGCCUGCGCAAAAUGUGGGCGCAUGCAACUCGACAACGUGGAUGACGAGGAAAACGCCUCGACGUUCUGGAUCAGUUGCAAUUUCUGCAAACGCUGGUUCCAUGCACAAUGUGUUGGCCUAACAAAAGGCGAGGCAAGGAGCGUCGACAAGUACAGCUGCAAAGACUGCGAGCCGGUGCAUGGCCCGACUACUUACGUCCGGAAAUCUGCCCGACCCAGGACGGCUAUUGAUUAUGCCGGUCUCAAUCAAGGGCUUGUCAAAUCCUCCGAAGAGACCUACACUCAUCACUACAUCCAGCGGAUAAAAGAAGGAAAGCUAAAUAUACAGUCGGAUGACUUCGCCCGCAUCAGACCAGAGCUGGUCACCAAGGAGUUCAUGGAGAGCUUCGAAGGAUUCAGGCGACCUUUCGUGGUACCGGCAGCAUGGAAUCCUCGAUUCGGUGCGAAAAUCCCAUCCGAACCUUCUGGACCGGACUCGGAUGUUGCCCUGAAAGAUUCAACCCCUGACACCCUGAUAACCAGCGCAGGAGAAGAGGCGGGCCUCGACAGCGCCGCUCCGCUACGGCUGGAAGAAGAGGAGGUCAUCAACUGCGAGCAAGACUUGCUGGAUAUGGUGAUUCCACAACAUUUGACAGUGCGGAGGGUCGCUGAGAUGUAUGGCCUCGACGAGCCUGUCCCUGUCAUUGAUGUCAAGUCCCAAGAGACAAAGGGCCAUUGGACACUGCAACGAUGGGCCGACUAUUACGAGCAACCGGGCGAGAAGCCCAUCCACAACGUCAUCAGCCUUGAGGUUUCUCACAGUCCUCUGGGCCGCCUGAUUCGACGCCCGAGAGUAGUUCGCGAUCUUGAUCUAGACGAUGAUGUAUGGGAUCCUGAUGCUGAAACUCGGACCAAGAAGAGACCAGUCUCCUUUUACUGCUUGAUGUCGAUUGCUGACAGCUACACCGACUUCCAUAUCGAUUUCGGCGGCUCUUCUGUCUAUUAUCACAUACUCAAAGGCACCAAGACCUUCUUCUUCAUUCCGCCGGAGGAUAGAUAUCUCAAGAAGUACGAAGACUGGUGCAACUCAGACUCACAGAACGAGACAUGGCUAGGUGAUCUAUGCAACUGCACGAGAGUCGAUCUUCAUGAGGGGGACACAGCUUUCAUCCCUGCUGGCUGGAUUCACUCUGUUUGGACUCCCGAAGACAGCCUGGUCAUUGGCGGCAAUUUCCUGACUCGCCAGGACUAUGCAAUGCAACUCAAGAUUGUGAAUAUCGAGAAAGUGACACACGUCGCUCCCAAAUUUCGAUAUCCUUUCUUUCAGAAAGUUAUGUGGUACACGCUCAUCAAAUACCUCAAGGAAGACCCGGUGCCUGAAGAAGUCCUCGAGGAUUUCCGCGACGACCCUGACUAUGUUUUCCUACGAGCCGACCCUAUCUGGCACGAAGUGGAUAUUGCUGAUAAUACCGCAGAGCCUGGCGAAGCUUUCUAUAACGCGAGAUACUACCCCAAGUCUGAAAUGGAGGGACUGCCAGCCCUCCGAGAUUACCUAUACCGCACAGCACGCAUCGAUGCAGGUCUGCCAGUUCCAGACAUUACGAAGAAGCAGAUCGACGCGGUGAAAGCCUCUAUACCCAAGGGUCACGGUGACUCAAUGACGCUGAUCAAACUCUUUGCUGUAUGGUGUGCGUGGAAAAUUGGCAAUACCCCGGCGCCUGAAUGGGUUUUCCAUUGGGAGGAUGUCUUGGAAGCAGACAAGCUUGAAAAGAUCAGGAAGCCUGAGGCGCUGCGUCUACCGGGCGAGAGGACAUCUUCACGAAACGCCGCUAAGGCGCAGGCACAGGCAGAGGCCGAGGCACGGGCGCAGGCGCAAGCCGGCUCGCAGACGCGUCCACCACCCGAGCGCAGAUCCCAGAGUCCCGCAGCCAAGCCGAAGGGACACGGAUUGAAAGCAGCGUGUGAGCCUUGCCGGAAACGGCGGAUCAAAUGCAAGCACAAGGCCGGCAGCGAAACACCCAGGCGGACGCCGGAGAUUCGACCCAGGAGCUUCUCCAACACAGAUGUCCACCCACUAUCCGGGGCGGGAGCAUAUACCAACGGUACCCACGCGCGGCCAGUUUCUCCAGAGGCACGAAUAUCCGACGCUGCGGGCGCGGAGGCCAGUCAGUCCGACCCACAGUCAUCGUCCAAGAAGAGUCGGAGCAAAGCAUGUGAAGACUGUAGAAAGAGCAAGCGCCGAUGCGUGCAUGAUCAGUACGGGCGCAUUGAUCCUGCGAAAGUCGCCGAGCCUUCGAAGCCUCGUGGAUCGUCAAGUGUGAAGCGUGCCCGUUUGAGCGACGAAAGCAGACAAAGCGGGAACCUAGAUGAUCUGAUCGAUCCUGCUUUGACGAACGGCGACCUGAGUCUGAUGACCAACGAUGCUAGCGACGAAGAUUUCCACACACCCGGGCCUUUCAAGGGCGCGGGUCAGGUGCAUCACAACAUCCAAGCGGAUGAAAACAUGCCAAUGACGAACGGCGUCGACUCGGAAACGGUCUUGAUUGACCCUGCGUUGGAGGAAGGGGCAGCCAUUAAGAGCGAGGAGGAUCCGAGUACGAUAAUGGUGAGCUCGGUGACUGCGAAUCACGAUGAACACAUCUCAACGCCGUCUACUAUUCGAAACGGGUCCAUGGUCAAUGGCGACUUUUCGGCACCAUUCGGGUGGACUCCUGGGUCUAGACAAUCAUCACGACAACCGAAGCAGAUUGAGCGAUACACACCAGAAGAGAAGAGGUCGCCCAGCAAACCCUUCCCCAAAUCGCUCACAGAUCGACGGGCUUCGAGUGCAGCAAGUGCGCACACGGUUGUGACAAGCAUCAAAAGCGAGCGAUCAUCCAGCAACACAUCUGGCACGACGCAUCAGAUGGCGGGCAUCCUCACAAGCAGACGUAGUGCGUCGCGCGAAGCCUCCGCCCGUCCUGUGAGUCGAGGGAGCAUAGGCGGAGAGAGCGACGUCGAUGCCGAUGAGCGGCUAGCGAGAGAACUGCAGGCGGCCGAGAACGGACUGCGGCGACGCACCAGCAUGAGAGCUUAG